AUGAUGGACGAGCCGUUUUUCGUACAGCUUCUGGCAUAUAUCAUGAUAGCUUCUGGAUUUGCGUGCUUUGUUUUACUGGGUAGUGGUUUCAGGGCUGGCUAUGGACGUUAUGAUUCUACAGUCAAAUUGGAAAUCCCUGCCAAACUCGCUUGGCUUUUGCAAGAAUGCCCAUCAUUUCUCAUACCCACUUACUAUUUUCUCUCCUGCAAUAGUUAUGACGGGCGUUUUGUUCUGAUGUUGUUCAUAAUUCAUUACGCUCAAAGAUCUAUCUAUUAUCCGAUUGUAGUAACUUCUAGCAAGGGAUCUCCGCUGCACAUAUUUUUCGCAGCCGUUCUUUUUUGCACUUACAAUGGAUAUAUGCAGGGAUCUUGGCAUGCACUUUUUUUCAAGUCAACAAACUUCUUCUCUAACCCUCUGACUUACAUAGGAACUGCUGUCUUCUUUUUAGGAAUGAUCAUUAACAUUCAAUCGGAUUCUAUUUUGCGAAAUCUCAGAAAGCCAGGAGAAUUAGGAUACAAAAUCCCACGUGGUGGACUGUUUGAAUAUGUCUCUGGGGCCAAUUACUUUGGCGAAAUCGUUGAAUGGCUUGGUUUUGCUCUUGUAGCAAGAUCUUUACCAUCAGUUGCUUUUGCCAUAUUUACCAUAUCGAACAUCGGCCCACGUGCCAUCCAGCAUCAUAGGUAUUAUUUGGAGAAGUUUGAAGACUAUCCGAAAAACAGAAAGGCCAUAAUACCAUUUGUUUAUUAA